AUGAAGCUCCUUUUUCCUAUCUUUGCCAGCCUCGUGCUUCAGUACCAGGUGAACACAGAAUACUUUGGCUUGAGAAGAUGUUUAAUGGGUUUGGGGAGAUGCAAAGACCAUUGUGCCACUAAUGAAAGAGAGAUACAGCAAUGCAAGAAUAAAAGAUGUUGUAUUGGACCAAAACUGGUUCAAGUGAUAAAAAGUUACGUGAAAAAUGAACUGUCCCACAUAUUUGAAGAGAACUCCCAACAACUGCUAAAAACUACCAAGAGUUCUAGUGUUGUGAUGCAAACAAAGCAUCAUAUUUUAUCUUCUCUGUCCAAAAUCAAAAGCACCGGUUCUUUUGCCAAAAUCAACACCAUCACCAUCCCAAGUGCCAUCCCUGUGAACUCCACCACCAUCAACCCCAAGAUCACAGGAAAGAUUACAUACACUGCUACUUCUACCAAGAGUGACACCAAAGAAAGCAAAGAUUCAGCCACUGACUCCCCACCAACAGCACCACCACCAUAG